UCUCUUCCCCCCUACCCCCACCCCACCCCUGCUGCCUCCCUGCUUGGACUGGUCCAUUUUCUCAAUCUGAGAGGUGAAGAAAAAAAAAGAAGAAAAUCUGAUAGUUGGAGAGUUCUUCGUACCAGAGACCGAGAGCACGCCGAGUCCCAGAGCUCCCGGACCACCUCGAGACGAGCAAAUGGAUGAGAAGGAGCCGAGCGGUCCCCAGAACGACGUCCCCGUCAUCGAAGAUGACUCGAGCAGGUCUUCUGGCGACUCUGAGAAGAUGAUCCAGCACUUGAACGAUGAACUGGGAGAAGCCCGGCAGCUCGCCGACACCGAGAAGCACCGGAGCGCCGAGCUCCAAGGUAGAAUCCUGCAGGACGAGCGAGAAGAAAACAAGCAACGAGUCGCAGAGUCAGCAAAACAGAUUAAACAUCUUCAAGGCCAGCUCCGGCAGCUUCAGGAGGAGACGGACGACGAGGCGAAGGCGCUGCGGCGCUCGCUGGAGAAGGCCGCUGGCGAGCGGGACCGCGACGUCGCCGCCGCCCGGGCCGACCUGGCGACCGCCUCCGGGGACCUGGAGAAAUGGCGGCGGGCGGCCGGCGAAUACGAGCGAGAGGUCGACGACCUGCGGCGCGACCUCCAGCAGCAGAGCAAGCAGUGGCAGAAAACGGCAGAAAUACAAGCCGGCGAGCUGCAGUCCGUGCAGGCGGAGUGCGGCGGCCUCCAGAAGGAGUGCUCGGUCCUGAGAGCCGAGCGGCAGGACGCGGCGAGCACGCAGCAGAAGGAGAGGAGCGGCCUGCAGGCCGAGAGGGAGGAGCUCCUCAGGACCCACCAGAGGGACACGGGCGACCUGCAGAGCGCCUGCGCCGCCCUGUGCUCCGAGAAGGAGGCCGCGCUGCAGGGGCGGCGGCAGCUGGAGGACGAGCUCGCCAGUUCUCGAGCCCAGAACGCGGCGCAGAGCGACGGCCUCAGAGCUCUGGAGGCGUCCCAGCGGCAGCUGGAGGAGAGGCUGGCGGCCGUGCAGCUCCAGCACCGGCAGCACGGCGGCGAGCUGCAGACCCGGCUGGAGGAGGCGGGCGGCCACAGCAAGGCUCUGCAGAGAGAGUACGACGAGGCGAAGGCGGAGCUGACGGAGCUGAAGGAGAAGUGUGAGCGAGCGGAGCAGGAAAAGCAGUCGCUGGCAGACAAGUUUGAGGAGUGCAGAGCCACCAUGGAGGAGCUGAAGGAGAAAGGGACCAAGAAGCUGUGGAUGACCUGGGGGCCCGUUGUAGCUGUGGCUCUGACAGCCGUGACCGCUGCUGUGCUCUUCAGGACCUGAGGCCAACGUACACACACACACACACACACACACACACACACACUUAUCUGCACCUGGACAAACUUGCCCCCUUAUCAUAUCUGCACUUUUAAUGAGAGGCUCGUACUAAACACUAAUAUCUGAGAUGCUCUAUUUUAGAUGACGUUAAUAAAAGUGUCAGUUUCGUGUCAAAAUGAA